UCAUCCUUCUCCUCCUCCCCCCCUGCGGUGCUUGGAGAGGAGAGUGUUGGAGAGACUGCUGGGUUGAGGUGAUCUGACACACCGAAGAGCACCGUAAAUGAGGAAGCAGAGCGAGAAGUGAGCCGGUGAGUGCGCGCUGACUUGAACGCCCUCUGAACGCUCUGAGGGAGGCGAGGAGGGGCGCAGAGGAAGAUAAAGCCAUAGAUCCGUCCCUGUUCUGUCAAGGAAGCUAGCCCAUCAUCCUCUCGCGCCGCAAAGAUGGGGAACCGGGGAAUGGAGGAUUUGAUUCCUCUGGUGAACCGCAUGCAGGAUGCUUUCACGGCCAUUGGGCAAAACGCAAACCUGGACCUGCCGCAGAUCGCCGUGGUGGGAGGACAGAGCGCCGGGAAGAGCUCGGUGCUGGAGAACUUCGUCGGGAAGGAUUUUCUUCCCCGUGGCUCUGGCAUUGUGACCCGCCGUCCUCUGGUCCUGCAGCUGAUGAACUCGCCCACCGAAUACGCCGAGUUCCUCCACUGUAAGGGUAAAAAGUUUACAGAUUUUGAUGAGGUCCGGCAGGAGAUCGAGGCGGAGACGGAUCGCGCGACUGGAGCCAACAAGGGCAUCUCCCCUGUGCCCAUCAACCUGCGUGUUUACUCUCCGCACGUGCUAAACCUGACACUUGUGGACCUGCCGGGGAUGACCAAGGUGCCGGUGGGCGACCAGCCUGCCGACAUUGAGUUUCAGAUAAGAGACAUGUUAAUGCAGUUUGUCACCAAGGAGAACUGUCUGAUGCUGGCCGUCUCCCCGGCCAACUCUGACCUGGCCAACUCCGACGCUUUAAAGAUUGCCAAAGAGGUCGACCCUCAGGGUUUAAGGACCAUCGGUGUGAUCACCAAGCUGGACCUGAUGGAUGAGGGAACCGAUGCUAAAGACAUCCUGGAGAAUAAGCUGCUUCCACUCAGGAGAGGUUACAUUGGCGUGGUGAAUAGAAGCCAGAAGGACAUAGAUGGAAAGAAGGACAUUAAUGCUGCAAUGGCUGCCGAGAGGAAGUUCUUUCUCUCCCACCCGGCAUACAGACACCUGGCUGACCGCAUGGGAACUCCCUACCUCCAGAAAGUCCUCAAUCAGCAACUGACCAACCACAUCCGGGACACCCUGCCGAAUCUGCGGGCCAAGCUCCAGAGUCAGCUUCUGUCCAUCGAAAAGGAGGUGGAGGAGUACAAGAACUUCAGACCUGAUGAUCCGUCUCGCAAAACCAAGGCUCUCCUGCAGAUGGUGCAGCAGUUCUCGGUGGAUUUUGAAAAAUGCAUAGAGGGCUCCGGGGACCAGAUCGACACAGCCGAGCUGUCGGGCGGUGCCAGGAUCAAUCGCAUCUUCCAUGAACGCUUCCCCUUUGAACUGGUCAAGAUGGAGUUUGACGAGAAAGAACUCCGCAAGGAAAUCAGCUACGCUAUCAAGAACAUUCAUGGCAUCAGAACUGGCCUCUUCACCCCGGACAUGGCCUUUGAGACCAUUGUGAAAAGGCAGAUUGGGAAGAUUAAAGAGCCUUGCACCAAAUGUGUGGACAUGGUCAUUUCUGAGCUAGUCAAUACAGUUAGGCAGUGUACCAAGAAGCUGGCUCAGUACCCCAUGCUGAGAGAGGAGAUGGAGAGAAUUGUCACUCAGCACAUCAGGGACAGAGAAAGCCGUACUAAAGAACAGGUGUUGCUGUUGAUAGACAUUGAGCUGUCCUAUAUGAACACUAACCAUGAGGACUUCAUCGGAUUUGCCAAUGCCCAGCAGAGGAUCAACCAAAUGAGCAAGAAGAAAGCAGCCGGCAAUCAGGAUGAAAUCAUGCCGGAGAGAGGAGUUAACGAUCGGUUCAAGGUGAUCAGGAAGGGCUGGCUGACCAUUAAUAACAUCGGCAUCAUGAAGGGAGGCGCCAAGGAGUACUGGUUUGUCCUCACCGCCGAGAGUCUGUCCUGGUACAAGGAUGAUGAGGAGAAGGAGAAGAAGUACAUGCUGCAGGUCGACAACCUGAAGCUGCGCGAUGUGGAGAAAGGCUUCAUGUCCAGCAAACAUAUUUUUGCCCUCUUCAAUACCGAACAGAGGAAUGUGUAUAAGGACUACCGUCAGCUGGAGCUCGCAUGUGAGAGUCAGGAAGACGUUGAUGCGUGGAAAGCCUCCUUCCUCAGAGCCGGAGUUUAUCCUGAACGGGUCACGGAGAAGGAAGGAAAGAGUGAUGGGGGUGAUGAAAAUGGUUCUGACAACCUCAUGCACAGCAUGGACCCUCAGCUGGAGCGGCAAGUGGAAACCAUCCGCAACCUGGUCGACUCUUACAUGGCAAUCGUCAACAAGACCGUCCGUGACUUGAUGCCGAAGACCAUCAUGCAUCUCAUGAUCAACAAUACUAAAGAGUUCAUUAAUGCUGAGCUGUUGGCUCAGCUGUACUCAUGUGGUGACCAGAACAGCUUGAUGGAGGAGUCUCAGGAGCAGGCCCAGCACCGUGACGAGAUGCUGCGGAUGUACUACGCUCUGCGGGAGGCUCUCCAAAUUAUCGGCGACAUCAGCACAUCUACUGUAACCACGGCCAUGCCACCACCCGUGGACGAUUCGUGGCUGCAGGUGCAGCGUAGCGGAUCUGGAGGACGCUCUCCGGCCACCAGUCCAACUCCAAACCGCAGGGCUCCACCAGGACCCCCGGCCCGUCCAGGCUCUCGUGGUCCUCCACCUGGGCCUCCUCCUGCGGGGGUUCCCCCUGUCCCUUCUCGCCCCGGAGCUUCUCCUGACCCAUACAGUGGGCCACCACCCACCGUGCCCUCCAGGCCUAACCGCGCACCCCCAAGUGUGCCUAGAAUCACUAUCACUGACCAGUGAGGACUAACAUUACUGUCGGAGACCCCCGCCAUCUCCAACCCACUAGACUCCCCGGCUCCUCCGUCCUUCCCCUCCUCCUCCGUUUAAUCCUCCUCUGGAUGAGAGGCCACAGACAACAGCGCCACCCUCCUGUCGUUUUCUGCUUCGUCUGACCUGCGCUGGUUCCCAGCUCCUGCUUCUCCCUCGCUUCCUCUUCUUUCCCUCCUCCUCACCUCCACCUCUCUCCCUCAUACAGUGAUGCAGAAUACUUGAAACACACUUGCAUGACUUACAAACAUGCUGCACCCUGAGAACUCAAACUAUGUAAAGACUGAUGAAGCAAAUCAGUUAGCGUGUGCACACACGCAGUAUACAGUCUAGUAAACACAUGCAAACACUUAAACACGGAAACAUUUUUCUUGCUUUUAAACUAAAAGGGUAGACAUUUAGCAUGAAGCUAUGCCUGAGUAUUUCUAAUAAGUAUUCUCUCUUAUUAUUCUCUCAUUCAUCAAUUGUUCUUUUAUUUCAUGUGUAUUUAUUUUCUUCCUUUUUUAAGGAAUCCUUCACACGAAAAAAAUGAAAUUUUAGGGAUAAAGCAGAAAUUUACAAUUUUGUGCGAGCAGAUUUUCACAAGAGUUUCAGAUAAAAUGGCACAAAUUCUUCAGUUCACUUAAACAUCCACUAACACCAAGAACUUGCGACAUACUUCAUGGUAAUUUGAUGGAUGCUUUGACUCUGUAAAUACUGGUGUUGUGCAGAAGGUAAAUGUUUUAGUUCCUCUGCAGCAUUUCAGCCUCAGAGUUAAAGUAAGAGGCAGAAAAUGUUUCAAUCAACAGAAGUGACGAUGGAUAAAGUAUUUCAUAAGGGAGGUGAUGCAAGCUGGACUUUUUUGAAACUCUGGUGUCUUCUCACUGCACUAUUCAGGUUUUGAGUUAAUGUGUUAUGGCAGUUUUCCAUAUUCGUGUGUGAAGACGACUGACUUUAAUCAGGUCCGCUUGUGAGCUAAACUAUAAAGAACAAACCGUGAAAAAGGAGGUCUGUCUCACACCCUGCAAAUCAUGGUUUUCAUUACCAUUGGCAUUGUUGUAAAAGUUGACCUGUUUCUCACACGGCUGUAAAAUAUUAUUGCUAACUAAACAGCCACUAGUUGUUAAUGUUUGCCCUCAUUGUGGGUAAUCUGUUGUCUGUAAACCAUCAUGCAUAGUUUAAAAGAAGAGCUGGAUUUCAUUUCCUUGAUGAUUUUUAAUAUUCAUCUGGUUAUCAUUCAAAAAUGUAAUCUUACCAGAUGAUAUCUCAUGGCCACAUCUUAAUGACAUAAAUCCUAUGCCAGAAUAACCCAUGGCUACACAUUACUAACUGGUGGCAAAGCAAUAAUAUCCCCCUCACCCUGGAGGUGAACAUCGUCAUUUCUCUGGUGCCUCCUCGCCGUUACGAUUUUAGGCUUUCUCUUGUUGUCUUUAAUCUCUUCAUCCUGCCAAAUAAGAUCGUCUUUUUAUUUUCUCUCUUCUUUCCUUUCACCGAAACAGCCGGUCAAACAAGGGCGGGCCCUCUCGUCCCGAGAGCCCCCUGCCACCAUUCGACUCUUAGAAGGAAACAUUCUCGCUGUUACCUCUUCUCCUUCUUACGCUCAUCUCGCAUUUAUCCAUCCACCCAUCACUCACUCACUCACACAAGGAGAGGAAGGCUUGAAUGAAUAACAGAAGUAAAGGAUCGCCUGCAAAUUCUUCACCCUCAGAUAGACGCCGCUGCUCUUCGUCCAUUUUUCCUCCUCCUCCUCCUUAUUUCAGCCUUGCAGGACAGGAGGAACUGCCCGUUGUAGCCUCAGGAAGGCCUCAGUGUCACUGUUAAAUCCACCUGCGAUUUAAAACUGCUGUUGUCUGUGCUUCCACACGACCUAUGCAACAACUGACGUAAAAGGAAAAAAAAAAAAAGCUGCCUCUCCCGUGUCUUUCUCGCUCUCUGCUUCACACAAAUGUUGUUACUGCAUUCUCUUUAAGCAAAUGUGCAGCUUCAGACAACUGCAGGACACGCAAGACUCCGGUCUGAGAGGAAGGGAGUCUUGGGCCUGGGUUGAAGCUCUGUGACUGUUUACUUUACAUAUCCUUUUUAUUCAGACGGGGAAAACAGGAAUAUUUGCCGUGUGAAAACAUUCAGAAUUUUAAGUCAGUUGAUGAUUUGCCAUUUCUUCUCUUUUCCCCCCUUUUUCCCUUUUUUUUUUGUUUUGUUUUGUCUUUUUUCCAGUGGUCACGGGGGUGAGUGAGAACACUCAAAAACAGCCACAGUCUAUGCAUAAAACUGGCAUUAAAUGAAAAAGCUCCUUCUCUUAACCCUGUCAUUUUACACGUGUGAGAACCUGUGACCUGUGCAAACCCACCACCUUUUCUACCACUGACCUCCACUGUCAGCGUGAUGUGUUGUAUUUUUGAACCCAAGCAAAAAACAACCCACCAGCCACAAACAAUAAUCUACUAUUCAUCCCUUGUGCAUCUGGUACUCCACGACUGCAAAGUAAACACAACUAAGCAUAUUCUUCUUAUUAUUUAAUGGUAAAUAGUUUAUUAUGGACAUAUCUUAUUGUGUUAUUCUGUAUAUGUGUGAUGCAUCUUAUUGAACUUUAACUAUCUAGGGAAUUUAGUGUAUGAAACCGCUGAAUAUUUAAAUUAUGACAAAAUGAGUAUAUGUAUAAGGAAGUAAUGUUUUAAAAACUACAAAAAAUAUAUAAUACAAUGAUGUAUAUGGGCAACUGCAGGCUGUUUGAUACUUUGGCUUGCAGCAGAGGGUGUUUGCUUUUCUUGUCCUUCUGUGUGUAGAAUAGCAGCGAGGGGGCGGGCUGAAUGUGUCAAAGUCCUGCAGCGACCAGGUCCUGCGUCUUGUUUAGACUGAUGUGGAUGGAAAGGUGACUUUAACCUGCAGGACUGCUGUGCUCUGUCAAGACAUUAAAAACUUCAGUGUGUAAUCAGGGAA